GCACCCCAGCUCCCUGUAGCCCCCUCGCCUUCUCGGAUCCACAACAUUCCAAAACAUUCCCUACUAACCACUCCCCACGUGGCGCCUCCUCCUCCGUCCACGUCACCACAGUAACCUCCACCUUCUUCCUUAGUCGCUUUAGUUCAGCUUAGCUUUAUCCCAUUUCCACUCUUGCUCUCUCUCUCUCUCUCUCUCUCUUUUGAAUUUAGGGUUUCUUGUUUUCUCUCUAUCGUUGUAUAUCCCCCGUACGGAGAACCAAUCGACGACGAUGGGGUCGAUCCCCGAUCCCGGCGAGUUGACGGAGUUGACUCCGCCGAGCUUCGACGAGUUCCAGAGGCAGACGUCUCUGAUGACCAGCUGUACUCUCCUCUGGAAGGAGCUCUCCGACCACUUCCUCUCGCUCGAGCAGAACCUCCUCCAGAAAUCGGAGGCCAUCAAGCGCAAAAUCCAGACCCUGGAGCACGAGACCAAGGAGAGCCUCGACGAGCUCGAGCAGAGGGAGAUCACCAUCAACCAGAGCGUCGAGAUCGCGCUCGUCAAGGUCGAGGAGACCAAGAAGGCCGCGCUCAAGGUGUUGAAGAGAGCCCGCUCCGACGACGAGUACGGCGAGGUGGACAACAGCGAGGGGUUGCUGAUGGAGAUGAAGUCGCUGUGCUUGAAGAUGGAUUCCGGAAGGUUCUGGAGGUUUGUGACUGGGAGGAAGAAGGAGCUGGAGGCUCUGAGGGCGCAAAUGGCUUCGGCUUUGGUGGAGUGUGUGGAUCCGGCGAAGUUUGUGCUGGAGGCGAUCUCGGAGGUGUUUCCGGUGGACAAGAGGUCGGAGAAGAGUGAUAGGGGGAAUGAUUUGGGCUGGGCCUGUGUUCUGAUGCUGGAAUCGCUGAUUCCGGUGGUGGUUGACCCCAAGAUUGGGAAGUCGAGGCUGUUGGUGACCCCGAGCGUGAAGAAACGCGCCAAGGAGAUUGCGGAGACUUGGAAGGCGAGUUUGGAGGAGAGAGGGGGGAUUGAGAAUGUGAAGACUCCUGAUGUUCAUACAUUUCUGCAGCAUUUGGUGACUUUUGGGAUUGUCACGGAGGAGGAUGUGGAUUUGUACAGGAAGCUUGUGGUUAGUUCGGCCUGGCGCAAGCAGAUGCCUAAGCUUGCCGUUUCGCUUGGCUUAACCAAGAAAAUGCCUGAUAUGAUUGAAGAAUUGAUCAGCAGGGGACAGCAGCUUGAUGCAGUGCAUUUCAUUUAUGAAGUUGGCCUUGUCCACAAGUUUCCUCCUGUUCCUUUGCUGAAAGCUUUCCUGAGAGAUGCCAGGAAGGCUGCAGCCUCUAUUUUGGAAGAUGCCAAUAGUCCUGGGAAAGCUGCGAACUUAGCUGGACGCAAAGAGCAGUCAGCACUCCGAGCUGUCAUCAAGUGUAUUGAGGAUUACAACCUUGAAGCAGAGUUUCCUCCAGAAAACCUCAAGAAGCGCUUGGAACAGCUAGACCAAAAGGUGAAACCAGAGAAGAAAAAGCCUGUUGCAGCCCCUGCCAACAAACGUACACGAGCCAACCAUGGAGGUCCCAUGCCUCCAGCCAAGGCGGGACGCUUGGCAAAUGCAUAUGUUUCAUCUUUCCCUUCUCCUCCUACAUUUGUCCGGUCUCCCUCCCAUGCUCAGUAUCCUGCUGGGUUCUCACCAUACCAUUCCCCACCGACAAUGUAUGGCAGCAGAAGCCCACAGACCAACUCUUAUGGAAGCCCACAGACCAACUCUUAUGGAAGCCCACAGACCAACCCUUAUGGGAGCCCCCAAACCAACCCGUAUGCAAGCCCACCAGCCAACCAUUAUGCAUACUCACCGGAAGCAGCCAGCCCUUAUGCAUACUCACCUGAAGCAGCCCCUCCUCAACUUGCUGGACCAUACCCAGGAGCUCCCAUGAACUAUCCUGUAUACAGUGGUUAUGGCAAUGGCAUGGCACCAGCUUAUCAGCAGGCUUACUACAGAUAGAUAUGACAACUCUGUGAAGAUGGUAACCACUGAUAUGAUGACUCCUGAAUCUCAUCUACUUUUAUAAUGGCUUGUUUGUAAUCUCUAACCGUUUAAUGGUAGCGAUGUCUGUGUGUUAAUCAUGAAAUUUCUCAUGCUUCUUGCUUUUCACGUGGUGGGAAGUUGUAUUUCUAAUGUUGAUCAAACCCUAGUACUAGAUGAAUGUGAAAAGUUGUAGGAUGACUUGAAAACAUCGACUCUAAGGUACCACCACUGUUGUUCAGUUUAGUUGUAGAAGACUGUUCUUACUGUUCUGUAUG